UCUUGUACACGGUCCCUAAUAUGAAAAAACGCGGCGCCGGUAAAACGCAAAAGACAGAUUUCCCCGAAAGCGGGGAUCAAACUGGAUUUGGAAAAUUUACAUUUCAUAACGGGGAUGUAUAUAACGGCGAAUACAAAUGCAAUUACGCGCAAUCUGUUUUGGUCAAACAAGGAAGAGGAAUAUACACUACCGAUAACUUUGACGUUUACGAUGGCCAAUGGGAUAAUGACACUUUUGCCGAAGAUACAAUUUACGUUCGGUAGAUAUAAUUCCUCUUAAUUUCGUUCGUACUUCUGAAUAUAGUAGUCUCGUUAUAUUGUCACGGAAGUAGUGAGCGCCGUAUCAAAGCCCACGUGGAUGCGGCAAUAUAGCGAGAGCCUACUACAUACAUUCUAUAAUAUACAAUAUAAUAAAUAAAUUUAAAUUUAAUAAUUAAAGAUAUAAUAACAACGCUCAGUACCGAGGUAGAAUCGAAGCGAACGGAACAAUGCACGGUCCAGGAACGUAUGUAUUUCCGGAUGGAUCCUCAAUUGAGGCUAAUUGGGUCGAUAAUAAACCACUUACGAACGUUAUCUACAGAGAACCUCGCGGGUUUGAGUGGACACUUGCAAA